ACGCGCACGCGCGGCCACUCACCGAGCCAGCGAGGGAGUGCGCAAGAAGAAGCCUCGGCGGCAGCGGCGCCAACGUCUGUCACUCGCUCGUUGCUGGAAAUUGGGCUAGAAAAGUCUGGAAUUUCACACCUCGUCCUUCUUCGUCUCGUUUGGGAACGUUGGAUUUUCGAACCACAGACAGACAAAGCGUCCGAGAAGAGAGUGAGAAAUAGAGCGAGACCAUAAAGUUUUCUCCGAUGUGACCCACUUCUUUCUCCCAUGGAACCUUGCGGCGGCAUGCCACACGCACGGACACAGCGCCCAGCGUUCCGGGUUCAAAGAGCCAGCGAGCCAGAGGAGCCUCUUGUCAGAUUGUGAUAGCGGACCAGCAAAAACGCCUGUGGUGAAGCCGCCGGACCCCAAAGUCAGAUCGGGAGCGGCGCCAGCGUCCGUCCCACCCGAGCAUCCGUCCAGUCGCGCCGCAGGGAUGGUAGUGCUCCUGUUGCGUCUGGCCGCCGCGAUCGCCGCGCUGCUGAUGGUCUUCAGAGCAGAAGCAGCGGGUCAGAACCCGGACCACGUCCUCCAGGGCACCGGCGUGAAAGCGGAGGCCAGGCGUCCCGGCGAGGACUCCACCGUCGCCCCCGAGGACGCCGCUCGCUUCCUCAGCUGCUACUGCUCCGGCCACUGUCCCGAAGACGCCACCAACAACACUUGCCAAACCAACGGUCAGUGCUUCGCCAUCAUCGAGGAGGACGAGCACGGCGAGGCCAUCCUCACAUCAGGAUGCAUGAAGUAUGAGGGCUCACACUUCCAGUGCAAGGACUCCCCCAACGCUCAGACCAGAAGGACCAUCGAGUGCUGCAGUACCGACUUCUGCAACCGCGAGUUGCUGCCCACACUGCCCCCACAGGCUCCUUCAGAAGGCAGCCCCCACUGGUUGGCCUUCCUCAUCUCCAUGACGGUGUGCUGCUGCACGCUGGUUUGUGUCACGGUGGUCUGCUACUACAGAUACAAGUGGCAGAGCGAACGUCAGCGUUACCAGAAGGACGUGGAACAGGAAGUGUUCAUCCCCGUUGGGGAGUCUCUCAAAGACCUCAUCCACCAAUCGCAGAGCUCCGGCAGCGGCUCCGGGCUCCCCCUGUUGGUUCAGCGGACCAUCGCCAAGCAGAUCCAGAUGGUGCGUCAGAUCGGCAAAGGUCGUUACGGCGAGGUGUGGCUGGGCCGGUGGCGAGGCGAGAAGGUGGCCGUCAAGGUGUUCUUCACCCGAGAGGAGGCCAGCUGGUUUCGAGAAACUGAAAUCUACCAGACCGUCCUCAUGAGACACGACAACAUCCUCGGGUUCAUCGCGGCCGACAUCAAGGGCACGGGCGCCUUAACGCAGCUCUUCCUCAUCAGCGACUACCACGAGAACGGCUCGCUCUACGACUUCCUGAAGACGGCCACGCUGGACACGGCCACGCUUCUGCGCCUGGCGUACUCGGCCGCCUGCGGCCUGUGCCACCUCCACACCCAAAUCUACGGCACGCAGGGCAAACCCGCCAUCGCCCACCGGGACCUCAAGAGCAAGAACAUCCUCAUCAAGAAGAACGGCGCCUGCUGCAUCGCCGACCUCGGCCUCGCCGUCAAGUUCAACAGCGACACCAACGAGGUAGACAUCCCGCUGAGUUCGCGUAUGGGCACGCGGCGCUACAUGGCGCCGGAGGUUCUGGACGAGAGCCUGAAGAAGAACCAGUUCCAGGCCUACCUCAUGGCUGACAUGUACAGCUACGGAUUGGUCGUGUGGGAGAUGGCGAGACGCUGCGUCACCGGAGGAAUGGUGGAAGAGUACCAGCUCCCGUAUUACGACAUGGUGCCAUCGGACCCGUCGUAUGAAGACAUGCUGGAGGUGGUGUGCGUCAAAGGCCUGCGCCCCACCGUGUCCAACAGAUGGAACAGCGACGAGUGUCUGCGCGCCAUGCUGAAGCUGAUGUGCGAGUGCUGGUCGGCAAGCCCCGCCUCCCGCCUCACUAUCUUGAGGGUGAAGAAGACUCUGGCCAAGAUGGUCGAGUCACAGGACAUCAAAAUCUGAAGCGCAAAACGCGUCUGACAAUUCGGAAGAAAAGGGAAAAUCAAAAGCCCGAGUCACGGCGCUCGUCCAUCUUCCCGUCAUCCUCCGGUGGUGCUUUCUGUGAAAGCAACGCAGACCACUUCCUGUCCCUUUUGCCAACUUCCUCUCCGGCUUAUCCACUUCGUGUCCACUUCCAAAAAACAAUUUCAACAUUUUGGAUUUGCUCGUCGUGUUGGUCUUGGAAAAUGUCUCGGCCGCAGGGAGACAACGCAGUCAUCAACGUGGAGACGUGGACCGUCCUGUUUUAUUUUUUAAUUUGUUUUUGUUUGUUUGUAAACAAGAGGUGGAGCUCUUGCUGCUACAAACAAUCUCAUUGGUGGAGCCAAACCUCAGUGGGCAGAGCCGAUGAGACAGGGAAUGUGGAUUUUAUUUAUAACAAACGCUACACUCCAGUACGCAAACGUGAUGUAAAAAUAAUUGUAUGUGAUGGACGACAAUGUUAGCAAAUGUGAUGACGCAACGAGUGCGAGCGCUGAUGCUAAUUUAGCAUUAGCUUGCUCUCAAGGGCGAAUAAGGGGUGCGCUCGGAAAUGUGAACAGAGUGCGCGCUGCUUCACUCCGACCGUUCGGAAACUCCGAGCAUUCUUGAAUUGUGCGUAGCCCCUAAAAAGGGAGUGGCGGUGCGCGCUCUCGCCGCUCCAGCUGAGGACACGGAGCGCCCAGAAUGUCAGGCCGAACAGGUGGAUACAGUUCAAGCACAAGCUGCUGAUUGGUUUUGAACUGAGGCCUGCAUUCAAAAACGAAGGGGAGCGGAGGGCGCUCCGCCACACCCAACUCACACACUCUGAGUGCCUUUCGGAUGUCCGAGGGAAUGCAUUCGAGAGCACAAACUAGCGAUAGGCAGUCCCCCCCCCCCCCCUCAUUUUAUUGUAUUUUAUGGGGCCCCUGGGAGUGGGUGCUAAGUAAUCAUCCAAGUUAUUAAAUAUAGCAACAAAAUGGCUGCUUUUGUAAACUAGCUCCUCUGGUCAUAUCCAUGUUGUUCGUGGAAGGAACUCGCAUCAAAGGCGAGUCCACCCCCCCCGCCCCCCAAUUCACAAUUUAAUCACUUCCCCAAUUUGCUCGCAAAAAAAAAGUGUGGACCCCAACCCUGUUUCUUCGUGCCAAUUACAGCUGCUCGUCACUUAAUUGAAAACAACUCUUGGGAUGGGAAAAAUGACGUUUCCACAGGUGUCAAUGGACCGUCACUUAAUGGGGAACCAAACACACUUUGGGGGGGGGGGGGUAUGUGUCAUUUGCGCCAGCACUAGUCGAAACAGUACUCUGAUUCAUACUGCAUUUGUGGAAUAAGAAAUUAAUAUCUCACCCCCUCAGGGGAGCCACCAUGUUGAGAGAUAGCGUCGACGUCCGGAAGUGACAUCACGACUGCAGCCGCACCGUUGCCUGCUAAAAUGGCACUUUUGAGUGAGGCUGCACUGUGGAAAGAAGAUCCGUAGGAACUCAAAAGUCGAUGGUAAGCACAAGCGUUACAUCUCGGCUGGUUCGCUCGCUGCUAACCCUGACGAGCUUGCCAAGCACCGGUAUACCAUUUUCGACAAUCACACCUUAAUUAGUGAUUGAACAUGAUUUUGCAAUCGGUAUAUGAUGACGAUAUAAGACGGGAUACCAACGUCAACGAUGCCAGAACAGCCUUUGCGAGCCAUUACGUCUGCUAUUAGCUUCAAUGAUCAACGAAUCUGUCCCAAUGUUUAGCUUGUCCUUCCUGAAUAUUCCCCAAUUCUGCCUGGCUUGCUUCAGAAAUGGUGCGGCGGGAUGGGCUGACACGUCACACCGAUGAGUAUGGAAAGGUGUAAAUAUGGCGGUCCGUGUAGGCAGGUAGCUCCUAAAACGAGUAUGUUUGAAACUUUUAUUUUUUCAGAAAAUACUUUUUAGGUUUCAGAUUUGUUUCAAGUCAUCUCAACCUAUGAACUCUGUAAUCAUCAAUUCAUGGCACAUCCCUAAAACAAACCAAAGUUAACCAAAACGAUCACGUUGUGCUAAUUUUGUACGCUAACAAGGGAACGGCCAAUUUAUUUGCUGAUGCGGUUAAGCGUUGACCAUUGGCUCCUCCCACUGAGCUUUCAGACGUCCAAUCAGUCUUGUAAAUGCCUUUGUUGUCAUUUAAGACAUUCUUCAGCAGGAACAUCAACGUGAGGUUUGUUAGCUCGUCCUGGCGAGCGUUGCCGUAAUGUGAAGCACACGUGUCAAACUGAUCCUCGAGGGCAGCUGUUCUGCAUGUUAGAUUCUUCCCUCCGUCACACUUGAUUCAAAUGAUGGGGCUCCUGAUGUGUUGGGAGGGAAGCGACCCUCAAGGACCAGAAUUUGAUAUCUGUGGUGAAGAGAAUAUUUUGGUUUAAUUAUUACAGUCAGACUUCAAAUGUUUUAAUGUGCAAAUUCAGUCACUUUAGGGUUUGCAUCCGCUUCCUCGUGCUAAGCUAUGCUAACAGAAUCCUUGCUGGACAUUGUGCUUGUUUUAAAAUGUCAGCGUUGUCUCUUGAAAUCUGCUAAUUGUGUCGUCCGAGUGUUUUUUUUUUUUUUAAGUGGUCAACUUUGAUGUUUUUCCUCUUUUAAUAUGCAAGAAGCCUUGAGGCGUAUAGAAAUGUUUCUUUUGUGCCUUAUUGAGUUUACCAAGGAUACAAAAAGUGUAUACAGUCUGUCCAAUAUAACAAUUGUAAGUAAAUAACCUUAUUUUUAGUACUCAA